AGAGCUCCGCUGGAAUCAACUAUCAGGCUCCAUUCCCGCAGCCAUCUCCAACCUGGCUGCCCUCUCACACCUGUGAGGAUCUCAGCUUUAACAUAAGAAUCACGGGCUCCAUUCCCCUCGAGAUGCAGAGCCUUACCAACCUGCAAUCUCUCUAUAUGAGUCUAUCAGGCCCGUUUCCCUCCUGGAUAUCUGGCCGCACCAUACUCAGAAAACUAGUCGCAGCACACAACAGCAUCAAUGGCAGCAUACCAGAGUCAAUUGGCAGCUCCAUUCACCUUGAAAUAUUGUCGAUAUGGAAGAACAACCUGUCAGGCAGCAUUCCCGAGUCCAUUGGCAGUCUCACCAAGCUCAGCAGCCUGGACUUGUCAGACAACCAGUUUGAGGGAACCGUCCCCGAGGGCAUCGGCAACAUGAAGUAUAUCCAGAAACUGGACCUUUCCAACAACCACUUGACUGGCACUCUCCCCACCACCCUCUCUCGCCUCUCUCUCCUGCAACAGCUGUUCCUCCAGCGCAACAACCUGAGCGGCCCGUUUCCUCCCUGGAUUACACGCAUGCCCAGCGUUGCAUGGCUAUACCUCAGUGACAACAAUUUCUCAGGACCCUUACCUGCUUCUCUUGGCGGCUCUAAAGGCCUCAUCUUUCUUGAAUCGUCAGGUUCGGGUCUCACGUGCCCACCAGAUGUGUCCAGCUGUGUGGUUCGGCAGACCAACUACAGCGCCUUCUGCCAGGAUUGCCAUGGCUUCUGUGCCACGUGCACAAGUGGUCAAUCCCCAUCCCGAACACGAGUCGUGGGCUCCCCUCCACCAUCCGCUUCACCCAACCAAACCGUCAACAACUCCUCCAACUCCUCACUCUCCUCCCCCUCACUCGCUUCCCCUUCUGGCCUGUCUGUGGGAGCUGUCAUUGGCAUUGUGACAGCAGCCGUUCUGCUCGUGCCUCUCCUGCUCGCCUCAGCUUGGUGCCUAGCCGCCCACUUCAAGAUUUCCACAAACGACUCCCCCAGUCCGCAUUUAGGGAACGCAACGACACCAUGCCGACGGUACUCCCUGGCCAUGGUGGCUCGUGCGACCAACAACUGGUCCAAGGCGUGCCUGCUUGGGUCGGGGUCGUAUGGAGACGUGUACCGCGGGGUGUGCCCCGAGGAUGGCACCACGCUGUGGGCCGUGAAGCGCGCCAAAGUCAUCACUGCUGACUUCCACAGAGAG